AUGGCCUUGGAACACGACAUCCUUGUUUUUGAAGGCGACUAUGCUGGUCCUGAGGUCGUUCGCGAGGGCAUCAAGGUUCUACGCGAGGUUGAGCGCCAAAACAAGGGCACAAAGUUCAAUCUAAAGUACCGUCUCAUCGGCGGGAGUUCCUGGGACGCUGAGGGAGUGACGAUCUCUCAAAGCACCCUUUCCGAAGCCGCCUCGGUUUCGGCUGUCCUGCUCGGAGCGGUGGGGGGACCGAAAUGGACUUCCACUGCUGUGCCUGUAGAGUCAGGGCUCGGCAAACUGCGCAAGGCCAUGGACGCCUUCGGCAACCUCCGUCCCAUCAACUUCGUCGCGCCGUCGCUCGUGGAGCAGUCGGCCCUCAAGACGGAGCGGUGCGCGGGGACCAACAUGGUGAUUGUCCGGGAACUGACGGGGGGCAUGUACUUUGGCGAAAAGACGGAGCACGACGGGUCGUUCAACAUGGCCGCCGACACGGACCUGUACACGAGAGCCGAGAUCGAGCGAGCGGCUCGGCUGGCGGGCAAGCUGGCCACGGCCACCAGCCCACCCCAGCCCGUCAUCAGCCUCGACAAGGCCAACGCCCUGGCGUCGUGUGGCCGUCUCUGGAGGGGUGUGGUGAGCCAAGUCAUGGCCGCCGAGUUCCCCCACGUCCCGUUGCAGCAUAUGCUGAUCGACACAGCGGCCAUGGUCAUGGCGAGCAGCCCCACCCGGCUGAACGGCGUGGUGCUGACGAGUAACAUGUUUGGCGACAUAAUCAGCGACGAAGGGGCGGCCAUCAUUGGCAGCAUCGGGCUGCUCCCUAGCGCCAGCUUGUGUGGGAUUCCCGAAACUCUGGACGGCGGAGGCAGGGUUCGUGGGUCCGCGCCGGAUAUUGCUGGGCAGGGGGUCAUCAACCCGGUUGGCAUGAUCCUCUCGGUGGCCAUGAUGUUGAAGUACUCCCUGGACAUGCCUCUGGCUGCCGCCGCCGUGGAAAAGGCAGUGGGCGAGACCUUGCAAAGCGGCGUGCGGACCCCGGACCUCGGCGGGUCCGCCUCCACGGCCGAGUUUGGAGACGCCGUCGUGGCCGCGUUGAUUGGGUGA